AUGGCUCAAUUAAACUCCGCAUCAGCUAUUACUCUUCAUUUGCAAGCUUCAUCUUUUAUUGUAUUCAAUGGGCUAAACUUCUCUGAAUGGUGUGAGCAAGUCAAGUUCCAUUUAGGUGUCAUGGAACUUGACCUAGCAUUAUUGGAAGACAAACCCACUGCCAUUACAAAUACAAGUAGUGAAGAAGAGAAGUUGUACCAUAAGCAAUGGGAACGGUCAAACAGAUUAAGCCUUAUGUUUCUGCGAAUGACUAUUGCCAACAACAUUAAGACAACAAUUCCACAAACUAAAAAUACAAAAGAAUACCUUAAUUUUGUGGAAGAACGAUUUCGUUCUGCAGACAAGUCACUCGCUGGUACUCUAAUGGCACAACUCACGACCAUGAAGUAUAAUGGUUCGAAGAGUAUGCAUAAGCACAUUAUAGAGAUGAGUGAUAUUGUAGUAAGACUAAAGACCUUAGGGAUGGCGGUGGAUGAUUCCUUAGUAAAGUUCAUUCUGAAUUCACUACCUCCUGAAUAUGGGCCCUUUCAAAUCAAUUACAACACUAUUAAGGAUAAGUGGAAUGUUAAUGAAUUGGCCAGUAAGCUAGUUCAAGAGGAAACGAGAUUAACGAAUCAAGGGAUUCAUUCUAUCAACAUUAUGGGCCAAGGAGCUGGUAAAGGACUUAAACCAAAAGCCAACAAGUUUAAAAAGAAAAAGAAUGGAUCUCCAAAUGCUUCUCAAAUUGCAAAAGGGGAACAAAUGGCAGAUAAGUAUCGCUUCUGUAAGAAAGUAGGACACUAUCAGAAAGAUUGCCUGAAACGUAAAGCUUGGUUCAAAAAGAAAGGGAUUUCUUAUGAUCCAAACCACAAACCUAUCUAA